GAGGAGCCUCCUCCCCUUCGGACGGACCUUACCCGAAGUGGAGGCAGUGGCGCGCGCGUCUAGGCUGGGGAUCCUGGAGGGCGAGAGGAUGGCGUCGUGGAGCCCUGACACCCCCCGUUCCUGCGACUGCUUUGUCUCGGUGCCCCCGGCCUCGGCCAUCCCAGCCGUGAUCUUUGCCAAGAACUCUGACCGGCCCCGGGAUGAGGUGCAGGAGGUGGUGUUUGUACCGGCAGGCACUCACGCCCCUGGGAGCCGCCUCCAGUGCACCUACAUUGAGGUGGAACAGGUGUCAAAGACCCAUGCUGUGGUCCUGAGCCGCCCCUCUUGGCUAUGGGGGGCUGAGAUGGGUGCCAAUGAGCACGGUGUCUGCAUUGGCAACGAGGCGGUGUGGACCAAGGAGCCAGUUGGGGAAGGCGAAGCCCUGCUGGGCAUGGAUCUACUCAGGCUGGCUUUAGAACGGGGCAGUUCAGCCCAGGAGGCCUUGCACGUGAUUACAGGCUUGCUGGAGCGCUAUGGGCAGGGGGGCAGCUGCCGGGAGGACCCCACACCAUUCUGCUACCACAACACCUUCCUGCUAGCUGACCGGACUGAGGCAUGGGUGCUGGAGACGGCGGGGAGGCUGUGGGCUGCGCAGAGGAUCCAGGAGGGGGCCCGUAACAUCUCCAACCAGCUGAGCAUCGGCACGGACAUCUCGGCAGAACACCCUGAGCUCCGGCCCCAUGCCCAGGCCCAAGGCUGGUGGGUUGGGCAGGGCGCCUUUGACUUUGCCCAGGUCUUCUCCCUGAGCCAGCAGCCUGUGCGCAUGGAGGCUGCCAAGGCCCGCUUCCGGGCCGGGCGGGAGCUGCUGCAGCAAUGGCAAGGGGGCAUCACGGCAGAGGUGAUGAUGGGCAUCCUCAGGAAUAAGGAGAGUGGCAUCUGUAUGGACUCUGGAGGCUUCCGCACCACGGCCAGCAUGGUGUCCGUGCUGCCCCAGGACCCCACACAGCCCUGCGUCCACUUCCUCACUGCCACACCAGACCCAUCCCGGUCAGUGUUCAAACCUUUCAUCUUCGGUGAGGGGGUGGCCCAGGCCCCUCAGGUGCUGUCCCCCACUUUUGGAGCACAGGACCCUGUUCAGACCCGGCCUCGAUUCCAGACUCAGGUGGAUCGCCGGCACGCCCUCUACCGCGGACACCAGGUGGCCCUGGGGCUGAUGGAGAGUGAGCAGGAUCGGGGGCAGCAGCUCUGGCAGAAGCAGCGGGAUCUGGAGCAGGAAGGCCUGGUGGCUGUGCAGGGGCUGCUGGCCGGGCAGGGGGCCCCCCCCCCCCACGAGCUCAGCGGCCUCUUCCAGGCCUUUGUGGAGAAGGAGAGCCGGGCGUAUGCCUGAGCCCAGUUCCUCCCGGCCUGGCCUCACGGGGGGACAGAGCAGUCCCCUCACCCCCUCAGCCUUGUUCUGAGUGGCCGGGUCGGCCUUUGCCUUAAUAAAUGUGCUUUAU